CUGUAUAGUUCAUUUGACUUUGGCCGAAAGUGGCAGCUGGUUCACGAGCGAGUGACUCCGAACCGCUUCUACUGGUCAGUAACCGGUCUGGACAAGGAGUUAGAUCUGGUGCACAUGGAGGCCCACACUCCUGAUGGCCAUUGUCAGUAUGUGACAUGCAGAGCUCAGGCCUGUUCCGAAUCCAGUAGGACAUAUCCAUUUUCUGGUUAUAUUGAGACCAACUCACUUGUGGUUCAAGAUGAAUAUGUGUUUGUUCAGGUGACGAACACUGGCAGAGCAAGCUACUAUGUGUCCUAUCAAAGAGAACCUUUUGUACGCAUUAAAAUCCCCAAAUACUCCCUGCCCAAGGACAUGCAUAUUGUGAGCACAGAUCAAGGUCAGGUUUUCACUGCUGUCCAGGAGUGGAACCAGAACGAUACCUACAACCUGUACAUAUCUGACACGCGUGGAAUAUACUUCACUUUGGCCCUGGAGAACGUCAGGACCAGCCGUGGGCUCGGAGGCAACAGCAUGAUCGACCUUUACGAGGUAGCAGGGAUUGAAGGUAUGCUCAUUGCUAAUAGGAAGGUGGAGAACCAGGUGAAGACGUACAUUACUUACAACAAGGGCCGGGACUGGAGGCUUUUGCAGGCGCCCACUACUGACCUGGCAGGAAAUCCCAUUCAUUGUGUGCUGCCGUUUUGCUCGCUGCACCUACAACUGCAGAUGUCAGAGAACCCGUACCUCUCAGGCUCCAUUUCCACCAAGAGCUCGGUGCCGGGAGUCAUCGUGGCUACAGGAAAUAUUGGGUCGGAGCUGUCUUACAAUAAUGUGGCGAUGUUCAUUUCAUCAGAUGCAGGCAAUAACUGGAGACAGAUUUUUGAAGAAGAGCACAACGUGUGGUUUUUGGACAAAGGUGGAGCUUUGGUUGCCGUGAAGCAGCCCACUGUGCCCACUAGACAUCUUUGGAUCAGUUUUGAUGAAGGUCGUCAGUGGACGCGUCACAGUUUCUCAGCCAUGCCGCUCUUCGUGGACGGUGUUCUGGUGGAGGCAGGUGCAGAAAAUCAGAUCAUGACGUUUUUUGGACACUUCAGUCAUCGUUCUGAAUGGCAGCUUAUCAAAAUUGACUACAAGCCCAUAUUCACCAGAAGGUGCACAGAGGGAGACUACCAAACCUGGCACCUGCAUAACCAGGGUGAGCCAUGCAUAAUGGGUCAAAAGCAGAUCUACAUGAAGCGUCGUCCAGGAAACUAUUGCAUGGUUGGAUGGGACAACUCCAGGAUCCUGUCUGCAGAACCCUGUAUUUGCAGAGCACAUGACUUUGAAUGUGAUUAUGGUUUUGAGAGAAGAGGGGAUGGAAACUGUUUGCCUGCAUUUUGGUUCAACCCUUCCACACUGUCUCGAAGCUGCAGCCAAGGGCAAAACUACCUCAACAGCACAGGAUAUCGUAAAGUGGUUGCGAAUAACUGCACAAAAGGAGUGAAGGAGAUGUACACAGCCAGGAAACAGCAGUGUCCGAAUCGCCCCCCUCGAGGUUUAGUCCUGACAACACAUGAUGACAAACUCACAGCCAACAUGGGCAGCAAUGUGACCUUCCUGGUGCAGUUAGAAGAGGGUGACUCUAUGAGGACAAACAUUCAGCUGGACUUUGGGGAUGGUACAGCCGUGUCCUACUCCAACCUGAGCUGGACAAAAGAGGGCAUCCGGCACAUGUACCGCAGCGCAGGCAUCUUCAGAGUAACAGCGCUGGCGGAGAACAGCCUCGGGCUCGACACCUCAUCCCUCCACCUGCAUGUGACAUGCCCUGUGGAGCAUAUUCAGCUGCUGGCUCCAUAUGUGGUCAUUAAGAAUAAGGAGGUGAACCUGACGGCAGUGGUCUGGCCUUCUAAUUUCAGAACGCUUACCUAUUUCUGGUGGCUGGGGAACAACACAGAGCCCAUAAUUACACUGGACAGCAGUAUUUCCCACACGUUCAGCACCGAGGGCAUGGUCACCGUCACUGUUCAGGUCUUGUCAGGAGACUCUAUACUACAGGACACCAGAAGCAUCGCCAUACAAGAAUUCUUCAAAUCGCUUCUUUUGUCUUUCUCUCCUAAUCUGGACGAGGCUAACCCCGACAUCCCGGAGUGGAGACAGGAUGUGGGUCGGGUAAUUCAGAAGGCAGUUCUCCAGGUCGCUGACAUUCCGGAAGAACAGUUGCUGGUGGCCGUGUUUCCUGGCAUUCCGACUGCGGCCGAACUCUUCCUGCUUCCUCCCAGGAACCAAUCGGAUGGCAGGAAAAGGACAGAGGAGGAUCUGGAGCAGAUCUCAGAAAUCUUGGUCAACGCAUUGAAUCAGAUCUCUGUGGAGUUCGAGUUGAAACCUGGCUCCCGGGUCAUCGUUUACACCACACAAUUAACUUUAGCUCCACUGGUUGACUCCAUCCCGAGACACAGCAGUUCUGCUAUGCUGAUGCUUCUGUCUGUGGUGUUUUUGGGUUUAGCUGUAUUUCUCAUCUACAAAUUUAAGAGAAAAAUCCCUUGGAUUAACAUUUAUGCGGAGGUGAACCAUGAGAAAGAGCAGGAGAUGAUCAGUACGGUGGGCCAGAAUGACGCCACACCAAAAAUCACCCUGAGUGAGUUCUCCACCCAGAAAGAGCUGAUGGAGAAAGAGCUGGAGGCCCGUGCCAAACGCGGUGUGAUCAACACCUGCGAAAGCACAAGGGAGAUCCCCAACUGCACGAGCGUCUGAAAACGUCAAGAAAGAAGGCGGAGGCGUAUUGUAAUAAUGUGU